CCUGUUAGCUCUUGAAUCUCCAUUUCACACAAGCAUACAGAAGCUCUCUCUCUCUCUCUGUAUAUAUAUUUAUAUAUCGCAGUAGCUACGCCACCACUAACCCUGUCUCACGCCUUUGACUUUUGUUUUCCUCUUCUUUGUACAAUCAUUUCAAUCUGUUUGUGUAUCGAAAAUCUUUCUUCGUCUCCAAGAAUCGCAAGAACGUUAAGGCACAAGGGUUUAGGGUUUCUUUAAUGGAAACAUCAGGUGGUACAGGCAAUGAUACAUACACGAAUUCUUCACCUUCUUCACCAAGAAACAACAACUCAUCAAGGUACGGAUUGCAAAUCAAUCCGUUACGUUUCUUUCAAGCACCAGUAUCGACUUUAUUGGAGUAUUCCGGAAUUCUUGGGCCAAGACCGAACAAUUCCGAGACUGAGGCUCUUGUGUCUGAUGAUUUCAACGAUUCUAGUUCGGUUACACCUAGAAGUAGUGGGAAUGGGGAGGUUUCGAUUCGGAUAAUUGGAGACCAAGACCAAAUUGGUGCUGAUGAUGAUCGGACUAUAGGGCAGAUUGGAGGAGCGGUCGGACCGGUGUUGGUGGAAGGUGGUAAUGGAAAUGAGGUUGGGGAUGGAGAGAGGGAUUCUGGUGUACAGGCAAGGGGGGCGGUUGAUUCGGGUGAUGGGAAUGGUGGGAGUGAGAGUAAUAGGGAUUCGACGCAGCAGAGGUAUGACAUACAGCAGGUUGCGAGGUGGAUUGAGCAUAUUCUUCCGUUUUCUUUGCUUUUGUUGGUCGUAUUCAUUCGUCAGCACUUGCAAGGUUUCUUUGUUACAAUUUGGAUCACCGCUUUCAUGUUCAAGUCAAAUGAUAUUCUUCGAAAACAGACAGCUCUAAAGGGGGAGAGAAGAAUAUCUGUUCUUGUUUUCUAUUCUGCAGUCUUCAUGCUUCAUGUGAUUGGAGUCUACUGGUGGUUUCGGAAUGAUGAUCUUUUGUAUCCAUUAGUUAUGAUUCCACCCAAAGCAAUACCGCCGUUCUGGCAUGCAAUGUUCUUCAUUUUGGUAAACGAUAUAUUGGUGCGACAGGUGGCAAUGGCUUUUAAAUUGGCGCUGCUAAUGUAUUAUAAGAAUGGCAGAGGCCAUAAUUUCCGCAGGCAGGGUCAAAUGCUGACUCUGGUUGAGUACUCACUGCUUUUAUACCGAGCAUUGUUACCUACACCUGUGUGGUACCGUUUCUUCUUGAACAAAGAUUAUGGAAGCCUUUUUUCGUCACUGACUACGGGGUUGUACUUAACUUUCAAGCUUACAUCAGUUGUUGAAAAGGUCCGAUCUUUCUUUGCUGCCGUGAAGGCAUUAUCACGGAAGGAAAUCCAUUAUGGGUCUCAUGCCACAGCAGAACAGGUGAAUGCAGCAGGGGACCUGUGUGCUAUUUGCCAAGAGAAGAUGCAUGCCCCAAUUCUAUUGCGUUGUAAACACAUCUUCUGCGAAGACUGUGUUUCAGAAUGGUUUGAGAGAGAAAGAACUUGCCCUCUGUGCAGGGCCUUGGUUAGACCUGCUGAUUUACGAUCAUUUGGAGAUGGAUCGACAAGUCUCUUCUUCCAGGUGUUCUAAUUCCAAGUCUAACAUUUCUCUGUUUCGAAGCCUAUAUCUCUCCCUCAUACUAGUGCUUUUUCCAAGUUCUCAUUUUUCUUUUCCUGUGGCAAGUUCCAACGCUGCCUCGUUCUUGGUUGCCUUGGAAAGUUUCCUGGAAGAAUGUUACCACCAGAAAGGGUGAAAAAUUGUAACUAUGCUUGUUUUUUGGUAUUAAUGAUGAGAUUUAAUGUACCCUUGGUCCUACGAGCUGAGAUAUACACUCAUAUAGAGACAGAUGAGAGGAUCCUUUUAUCGUAUCUCCGUACAUAUGUUGAUUACUUGAUGAAUGAAAAAUUGUCCUUUCUUGUAUCCGUUUGCCUGAGGAAUUUUGUUCCAAAAAUCACAAGGCCUUUUGCUGAAUACUGUAUAUGAUAACGAAUUAAGUGACUUU